AUGAACAAGAGGAGGCGGAGAACUGGCUCCCACACCGUCGCCUUGAGUAAGCUCUCCUCUUUUCUUUGUCUGUGCGCUGUCGGCCUGGCUUCUUUGCGAGAGCGCUGUUCUCCUGCAAGUUGUGUUGUGGCACCGCAGGUAUUUAGGGAGCACGGGGUGCUGUACGCAGCUCCUUAUGACCACGAGGUUAGGGUCAAGAUCGGCUCCAUCACCGGACAGCGAAUUGGCGAUGCCAUACGCGCUGCGCAAGACGCUCUCGCACUUGAUGAGAAUGCUGAAUUACCUGGCAUGUUCAAUUUCAUUUCACCGAGUUGGUGGUUGCGGCAACUCAACCGCGGGGGCAUCCAGGUUGAAAGAUGUGCAUGGCAGCAUCUUGAGUUCGAGCGAGUCGAGGCCGACUAUGUUGUGAAGGAAGGCGACCGAGCCCGACUCAUGAUCCAUGUUCACGAGCGCGCGGCGCCCGACGUUGAAAUUCCGAUCAUCUACGAGGAUCGAAAUUUCCUAGCCGUCUCUAAGCCCUCCUCAGUGGAUCUUACGAAAAACCCAGGCUAUGGGAGCGUGCGGCUGUCAGUCCUGGGAAUGCUGGAAGAGAUGGGAUAUACCGACAUCUAUCCAGCUCAUCGCAUAGACAAGCCCGUGUCGGGCGUCCUUUGCCUCGCCAAGAACAAGAAAGCUCUGUCUCGGCUCAUGCGGUGUAUACGCAACCGUAAGGUGCAGAAGACGUACCUGGCACGUACCAUGGGUGGCCCAGAUGAGGGUGGCUUCAAGAUACAAGCGCCCUUAGAUGUCGUCCUGGACAACUCCACCAACAAGAACGUGGCGGUGGCUUCUGCUUCUGGCAAGAGAUCGGAGAGCGUCAUCGACGAUGUCUUCACCCGUCACGCAGACAGCACGGCAACCCUUGGGGUUCGCAUCCUCACGGGCAGGUACCACCAGGUCCGAUGCCAUUUGCAGCAUGCUGGCUGGCCCAUCGCUAAUGAUCCGAUCUACGGAGGCGUUCCGCAGCUUGGGCAGGAGAUCUUCAACGGAACCCGGGCUCGGCAGAUGAUUGAGGAGCAUCAGAUAGAGGGCUGCACAUCUUGUGAGUAUUUUCGGAACGUCGCAAAGGGAGUGCAGCCCUGUCCACGACUGGAUCCGACUAUUUGGCUUCACAGCUGGCGGUAUAACUUCCCUACCUUGGGGCUAUCUUUCGAAGCACCGCCACCUGACUGGGCCGGCAUGUGA